GGUGUGUAAAAAGCCUCCCAGCUUUUCUUUUAUUACCCCCUUUUUUGGUUUUAAGACCACACCCGGCGGUGCUCAGGGCUUAUUCCUGCCUCUGCUGCGCUCGGGGAUCACUCCUGGUGGGGUUCGGGGAACUCUUAAAGGUUGCCGGGGAUCCACCCCGGGUCUGCUGCGUGCAAGGCAAGCUCCCUCCCCGCUGCCCUGUCGCUCUGGCCGAACCUCCCGGUUUUCUUGAAAAGCCAAGAGACGGUCGCCCUUAAGUAAAGUAACACGCUGGGUCUAGAUGCUACGCGGCCCCGAUUCUGGCGCUCAGCAGGGUCGUGAGCUGCAGCGCGAGCACCCUUCGAGAAAGCAGGGCUGACGGCCGCACAGCCUUCCGGGAAGCGGGAUCCGGCUGCCUUCGCAGAGGAUCUUGGGUAGAGUAACUGAGGCGAUGCGCACGGCACCGGAAGUGGUCGUGGGAGGCUUGUGUGAGGGGAGUGGCGUCGCGCUUUCCCUCGGAUCUCGGCUUGCGGCUGUUAAGGCCGUGGACGGCAGCCUGCGGGGAGACACCCAGUCUGGGGUUGUUGAGGACUCUGGAAGCUGGGGGUUCGAUCCAGUACGUGUGAGGUAGAUUCUAAUCUAACAGAUCCUCUUGCUUCUGGACGACAUUUUGGAGGCUUGUCCAGCAUGUCCAGGGAGUUGGUCCUAGGAGAAAAUGGCCUUUCCUGGCUCUGCCAUGCAUCCUGCAUUCCUGCCGACCAGCACUGUGGAGCAGACAGAGGGGGAGCUUAAACCAGGGGUCAGACUGCUGGGCGCCCAUCAGCUAUGACGAAGGAAUUUGCGACUCUGACGAAUGUGGCCAUGGACUUCACCCUGGAAGAUUGGGAGAACCUGGGUCUGGACCAUAGGGACCUGUUCUGGGACACAGCCCUGGACAACUACCAGAACCUCUUCCUGCUGAGUGAGUGUCCCAGCGCUGGGGGAAGUGUAUUGUCCCAUGAUGAUCAUUUACAUACCUGAUCACCCACAGAACCAACUCUCAGCUCUUGUGCACCUCAGAACCAGCCUGAUCCAGCCCAGCCGUGUUCAGCUGACUGAUUCUGCCCCCAGAGGACAGUAGCACUGCCUGGCAGUGGUUUUGAUUGUCACUACUUGGCACUGAAGUCGAGACUUGGCCUCUGACUACACCGGCCCAAGCUGUACUUUUCGUCGAGGGCCUGGCCCAGAGCAGGUGUGGGGCUUGGUGGUACUGUCCAGCACUGAGGAUGGUCCCUUGAGCUCCCCAUCACCUCCCCCACCCCCCCAUCAAGAGUGACCUCUGAGUACAGCUGGGUAUGUGCUAAAAAACAUCAAAAAACAAACCCCAAAUUGGUCCUUGAGCUGGGGGGCUUUGACUUUAUUCUUUCUGCCUAGAAAACUCUUUCUGUGCCUGCCUUGGAUUCCCCUUUUUUUCUCGUCCCCCACUUCUUUGGCGUGGGGAGUACACACCCGGAAAUGCUCAGGGGUUACUCCUGACCCUGCACUCAGGAAUUACUUAUGGCAGGGCUCAGGGGUCCAUAUAGGAUGCUGGUGAUCGAACCCAGGUCGGCUAUGUGCAAGGUAAGCGCCCUCCCCACUGAACUACUUGCUCUCGCAUUCCCUUUUUAAGACUUAAAAACUAUUUAAGCCUAUUUUAAUGGCCUUGGUAACAUGCGUGCACACACAUAUUUGACUUGUUCAGCACUCUUUCUCUUCCUGUUUCUAAAGUGUGUGUGAGUGGGCAGCUUGUGGGCAGGGACUUUUCACUGUUCUGUUCAGUGGCACAUUGGAGGGCCAGCUAACAACGGUCACUGUGUGGGUCCCCAGCAGACAGUAGUUCAGUGAAUAAAUGAGGGAGUGGCAGGACCUGGGCCUGUGGUGGUACUAUGCUUUCAGGUACUUCCCGAGAAAGCAUAACAGGCCCUAUUUUGUAGAGCUUCUGAAGAAGGGUCACAGAGGGGAAGUCUCUUCAGCUGUGUUGGGAUCCCCAUGAAUGAGCCCAGGCUUGGUUGGUGAUUAAUAGGACUUGGCAUAUGGUUUACUCAGGCUAGGUGGUGAGUGAAAGGACACCACAGUCAGUAAAGGCAAAAGACGUGUUAGGUGAUCUGCCUGUUUCUCUUCCUCUGAACUCCUCAGUCCCUUCUCUUACCAAAACAGAAGGAUUUCUUUCUAAAACUGAAACAAUAAGAGAUUGUACACUGGAAACUCUCAUUUGUUGUAAUUUUGUUGUGCAGGGGAUGGUUUUCUCCAGAUUCUGCUCCCCGCUACUUGAGCAUCUCAAUGUCUUUGCAAUUUUUAAACUGACUCUGUAGUAGAAGUACGUUUGUUUUUCAUUUCCUGCAUAAUCUACAGUCACACAUCACUUAAUGAUGGGGAUGUGUUUUGUGAAAUGCAUUAUGGGGAGAUUUGGUAGUUUUGUAAACGUAGAGAAUUUUGUAAACGUAGGGAGUAAUUACAGUAAUCCCCUGAAUCUGAGGUUGGGUGGUACAGCUGGGAUUCUGCACUGGUCAGAAUGUGCUCUGUGACACUUAACUAUAUAAUAGCUUCUGAUUGCUAUGAGGAGUGUUGCAUAGUGACUUUAUUCUGGAGGUGAGGAGUUGGAAAUGGAUCUGACUGUGCUAAAGUCAAGGUUUUGGUAGAAAUUCCUUAUGGCUGGCCAGGCAUAGGCCUGCAUGAGAUCUGGGAUACCGACGUGUGGUGACUGGCCCUAACCACCUCAGGUGAUAGGCCAAACUUGAUGAAAUUAAUUAAGAGGAAGUACAAACUCUCUUCUCAGCCUGAAGAGGGCUUGGGCCUCUAGCCCUGUUGAAACCCUGAUCACUCUGGAUUGUGACUGUCCUUAUCCUCCACUGGACCAGGAAUCCUGUAAGACUGUGUUCCCAGGGGCUGGAGCGAUAGCACAGCAGGUAGGGCAUUUGCGUUGCACGUGGCCAUCCUGGGUUCGAUUCCAAACAUCCUAUAUGGUCCCCUGAGCACUGUCAGGAGUACUCUCGGUGCAUUGCCGGGUGUGACCCAAAAAGAAAAAAAAAAAAAAGGACUGUGUUCCCAGGAGUAGGCUCUGGAUUAAGUGGCCAAAAGGCAGUAGUCAAAAGCUCUUGCUUGAUGGUCCUCCAACCGCCCCAUCAUGUUUUAUAGCAAUGCCAUUCUCUCCCUAUAGACCCUCCCAGAACCAAUAUGGCCUCCUCUCCACAUGGUGGGGAAAAAGAGCCGGAAGCCAUGGGAAAAGGAAGCCCAGAAGAAGCCGACUUUGACAUGGUUGAAGUCAAGAAUUUUCCUCUGCCACAGGACUUUGUGGAAGAGGGCCUCUCUCAGGAGAUGGUAGAUACCAUUUCCAAGGACAGUCUGAGGAAUGUCAGUUUGGGAGGAGCCCACAUAGGUGAGAGCUAUUUAGAGAGUCUGCUUGAUUCAGAAAUUCUUAUGAGGUCUGACAUCACCGACAAGGGAAGUCCUACAGAUGGCAAGACCCACAGAUUCGGAAGCAGCCCUAGUCCCGAGUCCAUGCUUUUCACUGGAGAGGAGUUCCUGAUUCGUGACCUUCCCCCAAAGAACCUAGCAGCAGCUAAGGUCCAGCAGUGCAGGGAGGACUCCGGUUGCUGCUCGAACCAGAACCAGAAGGGUGACAGUCUCCCAGAACAGGAACUGUACAAAUGCAGUGAAUGUGACAAGAGCUUCUGCCGGAGUUAUCUCCUUAUCCAGCACUGGAUUGUUCAUGCCAGGGAGAAAGCCACAGUUCACCAAGAGAAAGAUUGCAGCCAGAAUUCCUCUCUCCUUACGCCUCUAGUGACUCAUGCUGGCUCAAAAUCUACUGUGUCUGAUAAAGGCAGGGAAAUGUCUCAUCCGAAUAUGCACAUUCUAUGGCAACAGAAAAUAGAUCUUGGAGAAAAACGACAGAAAAGUUCAGAGAGUGGCUGUGAAAGAUGCACAGAGUGGCAGGAAACCAGCCCAGGCAGGGAGGCUUCUGAAGGUGGUGAGCAGGGCAGGAACUUCAGCUGGGCUUUUCAUCUUCUUCUGCCUCAGAAGCCCCAGCCUCAGAGACCCCAGCCCCAGAUGCUUCAGUCUCAGAAACCCCAGCCUCAGAAACCCCGGCCUCAGAAGCCCCGGCCUCAGAAGCCCCAGAAGCACUAUCAGUGCACCAGGUGCACAGCAGACUUCAGCUUGAGCAAGCAGCUCCGAGAACAUCAGAAGGUUCAUGCCACUGACGCUGCCUCCGAGUGUCAGGAGUGUGGCCAGACCUUCCGGCGGAGCUUGUCACUCCUCAGACACCGGACUGUGCAUACCAAAGAGAAACCUUUCAAGUGCGCUGAGUGUGGAAAACCCUUUAGCCACAGCUCAACGCUGAAGAUCCACCAGAGGACUCACAGUGGAGAGAGGCCCUUCCAGUGCAGCGAAUGUGGGAAAGCCUUCUCCCGGAGCACUCACCUUCACGAGCAUCAGCGAAUCCACACCGGCUACCGGCCCCACCAGUGUCCCACGUGUGUCAAGAGCUUUAGCCGCCCCUCCCACCUGCUUCGGCACCAGACCGUUCAUGCCACGGAGAAGCCCUACAGCUGUUCCCAGUGUAGUGAAACCUUCAGUCACAGUGAGCACUUUUUUCAGCACCAGAAAAUUCAUGCCCUGGAAACCCCCUAUGAGUGUCAAGACUGUGGUGAGCGCUUCGUCUGCCACUCAACCCUCGUUUGCCACCAGCACAGUCACUCCGGAGACAGACAGGGACUCGACGAAAGCAGGGCAACCUUGACGAGGAACCCAGGCCCCAGAAGGCAUUCGAGGCUGGCUGAGAAAUGCUUUACAUGUAAGACAUGUGAGCAGAGCUUCAGCAGCAGGAAACACCUGGCUCAGCAUGAGAGGACCCACCCCAAGGUAAAGCCCUUUAAGUGUCACCAGUGUGACAGAGCUUUUGGCCAAAGCACACAGCUCAUUCGCCACCAGAGGAUUCACUCUGGACUGAAGCCGUACCGGUGUGAGGACUGUGGGAAAACCUACAUUUACAGCACCUCCCUCAUGAAACAUCGGUCCAGCCACACGAGGAAGAGCGCCCCACAGGAAGUUGGGGACGCCUUUGAGCAAAGUGCAGGUCUCUCAGAGCAGCAGUCAGCUCAGAUUCCAGAGAAACCCUUUCAGUGCACCAUGUGUGACAGAGCCUUUACCUAUCGCAGCUGCUUUCUCCAGCACCAGAGCACUCACGCUGGAACGAAGCCCUUCGAGUGUCAGGACUGUGGGAAAAUGUUCCACCAGAAAUCCUCCCUUACUAAGCAUCAGAUAAUCCACACAGGGGAGAAGCCCCACAUCUGCAAUGACUGUGGGAAAACCUUCGGCCUGGGGUCCCAGCUUCGCCGACACCAGAAGACCCACACCAGGACCAAGUCUUUCAUCUGCCAGGAGUGUGGGAAAGCCUUCAGCCAGAGCUCGUGCCUUGCCGUGCACCAGCGACUACACACAGGCGAGAAGCCCUUCGUCUGUGCUGAUUGUGGGAAAGCCUUUGCCCAGAAGGCCAAUCUCACUCAGCACAACCGCAUGCACACGGGGGAGAAGCCUUAUGCCUGUGAAAUAUGCGGCAGAACCUUCAGCCUCAACUCCCACCUCACUCAGCACCGCAGGAUUCAUACCCAGGAGAAACCCUACCAGUGCCCACUGUGUCAGAAAACCUUCCGGUGCUGCUCAGGGCUCCUGAGACAUAAGCGCAGUCACACACUACUGCCUGUGACCUCCAGGGGCAUCGGGGGCCCUGGCAUCCAAGAAGGUGUUUGAGGUCCAAAUUGGAGACCGUGACACUAGAAGCUUUCUGCCAAAUAAAUCUCUUAAUAUUGAGUAGGACAUUUGCAUAUCAUUAGUACCAUGAAAACAAAAUUGAGAAACAACCGGGAUUUGGAAGUAGAUAUCUACUGUGUCUGCUGAACUAAAGCCUAGUUUUGCCAUGUGCUAUCGAAGUGACCUAGGGGGGGUCUUGGACCCUCUCAGAAUCUUAAUUGUUCUUAUCUGUGAAAUGGGCAUGAUGGUAACUACCUCAGAAGGCUGCUGAGCGUUAAUAGAUGAGAAGCACUUAGAACGAAAGCCUAGCACGUUGUAGAAAUUCACUGAGUACAAACUACAAAUAUCAUUGGAUAUUAUAACAAAUACAGCUUUUCAUUUUAAGGGAAGAGAAGUAACAACCUCUCUAACUACAAUUGAUGUUCUCUUUUUUAUAUUAUGGCUUGCUGUUUUAAGGUUUCUUCCAAAGUGCACUUUGCUUAGUUUUGUUUCCAAAGUCUGUCACUAUUUUUUGUCUUGAUUUCUGUCUGGAGGCCACACCCAGCCGUGCUGAGGACUUACUCCUGGCUGUGCACUCAGCAGUGGCCUGACAGGCUGCAGGGAUCAAACCCUGGCCGGCUCCAUGCAAGGCAAAUGGGAUACAUGGGGUCUCAGGAAACUUUGUUAGGAGAGUUGCAGUGACUUUGCAGCACAGUUAACCAUCUACAAGAGACAUGGUUGGUGAACGUUGGGAAUGGUUGCUGGAACAUUCUCUCAUUUGUCCAAUCUGGCUACUCACCAGUUGCUCUGCUAGGCUCUAGGAUGGGAAAUCCCAACACCAGGAAAUCUGGUUCUGCCUUGAAACUUUCAGAAUUAAAGGGAAAUGAAUGACUUCAUUUGCAUAGCAUAGUGGACCAAUAUUUAUUGACAGUAUUUAUUAACACCUUACCUUAAAAUACUGCUUUGUUUUUGGUCCCAGAAAGUUUUCCAACGGUGGUUGGAGAGAACCUAGUGAGGAAGCUGCUUACCAGUAUCAAAAGUUCCAGUGACCAGGCUGGUUCUCUAACUGAUCCUCCUUGGGAACCCACACAAGCAACUCCCUCCUGAUGGCACCACAUUGCCCACCAGUGACACAUUUGCUGAAGCACAGUAACCCAAUGAUGACACUGGACACUGACACUAGAAUUAAAAAUGUUUUGGAUGUUCGUUUUUUUGUUUUUGGACCACCUCAGUGGUGCUCAGGGAUAACCCCUAGCAGGCCUUGCAGCGCCAGGGAUUGAACUGGGUUAGCCAUGUGCCCUUGCCCUGUGCAAUCACUACGGCCUCUGAAAAUGUUUUAAAGUCUGUGUUCUUGGUUUAGAAACUUUGCACCUUGAGUUCCGAUUUUGUUGCUGAAACUUGGAACACACUGACUGAUCCCUGGGCCUACACUGUGGUGGGGAGCAGGCUGGCUUCAAACAUUCCCUCACGUGGCGCAGGCCCUUGGUGACUUUGGUUGACAUGUCAGGCCUAUGACAUAUCAAAGGAUGACAGGGUGAGAAUUUAUGUUAAUAUGUUCUGUGAGCAUUUUCCCCCCAUAGUCGUCAGAGGCGCUGUGGGAAAUCGAUAGCUUGUAUUUGUGGGCAUGUUUGUGUUUUGUGAUAAAUGUCCUAUGUUAUGGGGCCAGUGUUGACACGCUUUUCUUGUGUGCCUAUUGCUUCUGAUUAAAGUUCUGAUCCUAAAAGCA